AUGCCCUCGCGCGGGAAGUCGGGUGGCACAGAACCGCGUGGAGCGAACCGGUACGCUUCUGCGACAGGUUUUCAAGCGCUGAAAGUCGACCAACUACCCUCGGAUACGGAAGAUGCGCCCGAGCCGGUGAGCGAGCCCGCUACGCCGCGCACGCGCACAACGUCGAAGCGUGCUGCCAAGACCAAGGCGACGCAGGCGCUCGAGACGCAGUCGCCCAAGCCAGGCAAGAGCAACGUCAAGAUUGAGGAGCCCGGCAGUGUGCUGACGAAGCGUGCGCCGCGUGCCGCCGAGGCGCCCGCAUCCGAAAAGGCGCCCGCGGCCGCUGCCAAGGAGGGGAAGCAGGCGGAUCCCGCGGGUGCGUCCAAGGCGUUCUGGAGGAAGGUGAAGGAGCGCACCGUCUUUUCGUUGCUGAUGAUUGCGGGCUUUAUCACCAUCCUGCUGAUGGGCCCGUCCUACCUGAUCCUGCUCGUGCUCGUGCUCGAGACGCUCGUCUACCGCGAGAUUACGGCGCUCUUCAAUAUCCCCGGCCGCGCGAGUUUGACCGGCAGCAGCCGUGCGAGCCAGAGCGAGGCGGACGAGGAGCUUGAUGUGGAGCAGCGUGCGCGCGAGACGCAGCGCGAAGAGCUCUGGAGCAAGACGCUGAGCUGGUACUUUUUCGCGGUGUGCAACUUUUUCCUGUACGGCGAGUCGCUGAUCUACUAUUUCAAGCACAUUGUGUUUGUCGACUCGUUCUUUUUGCAGUUUGCGCGCCACCACCGGUUCAUCUCGUUCAUGCUUUACAUCUUUGGCUUUAUGGCGUUUGUGUCGAACCUGAAGCGCCGCAACCUCAAGCACCAGUUCGGUCUCUUUUGCUGGGUGCACAUGUCGCUGCUGCUGAUUGUCAUGUCGGCGCACUUUAUCGUGAACAACAUCCUCGAAGGCAUCAUCUGGUUCUGGGUGCCCGCCAGCCUGGUGAUCUGCAACGACAGCUUUGCGUACGUGUGCGGCAUGCUCUUUGGCCGCACCCCCCUCAUUUCGCUCUCGCCGAAAAAGACGGUCGAGGGCUUUGUCGGCGCGCUGCUCGUCACCAUGCUCUUUGCAUGGUGCUGGGCGGGAAUCUUCCAGCGCUUCGACUACAUGGUGUGCCCUGCGGUGAACCUCGGCAUGAACGCUUUUAGCGGCAUGACGUGCGAAAAGAACCCCGUGUUCCUCUCGCACGAGGCCUUCCUCCCGGGUAUCGUCUCGGACGUGCUCACCGCGCUGCUCGGCCGCCCGGUGACCACCUUCCGCUGGAGCAUGUUCCAGUGCCACGCGCUGGUGAUGGCCGCGUUCGCGAGCCUCGUCGCGCCGUUCGGCGGCUUCUUUGCCAGUGGAUUCAAGCGCGCAUUCAACAUCAAGGACUUUGGCGACAGCAUCCCCGGCCACGGUGGCCUGACGGACCGCUUCGACUGCCAGUUCAUCAUGGGGCUGUUUAGCUACGUGUACUACUCCUCACUCAUCCGCGAAUCGCGCGUCACUGUCGGGCUCGUGAUGCAAAUGAUCGUUACGCAACUGCCUCUCGACCAGCAAACGCAGCUGCUCCGUGACCUCACGCGCUACCUGGCCACCGAGGGGCACAUUUAA